AUGUCUCCUGAUGAUCAACUGUCAAAGAAGAUGUCCCCUGCUGGUCUACUGUUAAAGAAGAUGUCUCCUGAUGAUCGACUGUCAAAGAAGAUGUCUCCUGAUGGUCAACUGUCAAAGAAGAUGUCUCCUGAUGGUCAACUGUCAAAGAAGAUGUCCCCUGCUGGUCUGCUGGGAUGUCUCCUUUGGGUCAACUGUGAUAGGGAACGUCUCCUGAUGGUCAACUGUCAAAGAAGAUGUCUCCUGAUGGUCAACUGUCAAAGAAGAUGUCCCCUGCUGGUCAACUGUUAAAGAAGAUGUUUCCUGAUGGUCGACUGUCAAAGAAGAUGUCUCCUGAUGGUCGAUUGUCAAAGAAGAUGUCUCCUGAUGGUCAACUGUCAAAGAAGAUGUCCCCUGCUGGUCUACUGUUAAAGAAAAUGUCUCCUGAUGGUCGACUGUCAAAGAUGUGUCCUGAUGGUCGACUGUCAAAGAAGAUGUCUCCUGAUGGUCAACUGUCAAAGAAGAUGUCUCCUGAUGGUCAACUGUCAAAGAAGAUGUCCCCUGCUGGUCUACUGUUAAAGAAAAUGUCUCCUGAUGGUCGACUGUCAAAGAUGUGUCCUGAUGGUCGACUGUCAAAGAAGAUGUCUCCUGAUGGUCAACUGUUAAAGAAGAUGUCUCCUGAUGGUCAACUGUCAAAGAAGAUGUCCCCUGCUGGUCUACUGUUAAAGAAAAUGUCUCCUGAUGGUCGACUGUCAAAGAAGAUGUUUCCCGAUGGUCGACUGUCAAAGAAGAUAUCUCCUGAUGGUUUACUGUCAAAGAUGUCUUCUGAUGGUCAAUUGUCAAAGAAUAUGUGUUCUGGUGGUCAACUGUCAAAGAAGAUGUUUCCUGAUGGUCGACUGUCAAAGAAGAUGUCCCCUGAUGGUCAACUGUUAAAGAAGAUGUCUCCUGAUGGUCGACCGUUAAAGAAGAUGUCUCCUGAUGCCAGUGAUGGUUAACUGAAGGUGUCUCCUGAUGAUGGACUGUCAAAGAAGAGGUCUCCUGAUGGUCAACCAGGGUGCAGGCUAG